AUGUCCACCAAAGAGACCAUAAUUCAUCUUCCGGAAGGAUUUUCGGGCCUCGAAAGAAUCUGCUUGACUGCCAACGGGAAUUUACAAAAAAUCCUUAGGUUUUUCUUUUUAUUAACAGUUGCAUUUACUUAUUCCGAUACGACUGAUGCGACUGAUCCAAUUUGUGUCUAUACAUUUCAUUCUAAAAUAAUUCAUCAAAAUAGUGCAUGGUUUGAUGGCGCAGUUACGGUACAAAUAGUUCGCAAUAUUCCGACGUCGACAGAUUUGCCUAAUAUAAGAGGAACUAACCGAAACGGAACUAUUGUGCGCAGAUAUGACAGAGAAGUAAAUCUGUGCUGCAAAGGGAAAGUACUAUGCAACGCAACCAGUGACGUUGUGAUAAGUGACAAUAAAGUGGUUGAUAUGAUUGAAAACGAGGGCGUCGGUAUUGGCCAAUUAUUCCGUUAUCUCGGUAAAUUACCAACCUUUGAUUUGCAUUGCGUCGGACGAACCUCGUUAACAUGGUGGAGAUUGUACACGUUACAUAUAACUGGCGUUGAUUGUCGUAUAAAAGAGGUAUUCCCUAACGGAAUGUUCACACCCGGAUGGAUUGAUUCCUCUGAUACUGGUCUUACUCGUGCGGACAUUGAGGCAGCAGAAAAUGAAACCAGCUGGUCGUUCGAAAACUUUUAA